GCUUUCUGAACAGUCUCUAGACUCUUCUAUCACAUUUUUCACGAAACACAUUCACCAUGGGUAAGGAAAAGACUCAUAUCAACGUCGUCGUCAUCGGCCACGUCGACUCCGGAAAGUCGACCACUACCGGUCACUUGAUCUACAAGUGCGGUGGUAUUGACAAGCGUACCAUUGAGAAGUUCGAGAAGGAAGCCGCCGAGUUGGGCAAGGGUUCCUUCAAGUACGCGUGGGUUCUUGACAAGCUCAAGUCCGAGCGUGAGCGUGGUAUCACCAUCGACAUUGCUCUCUGGAAGUUCGAGACCCCCAAGUACAAUGUCACUGUCAUUGACGCCCCCGGUCACCGUGACUUCAUCAAGAACAUGAUCACUGGUACCUCCCAGGCCGACUGCGCUAUUCUCAUCAUUGCUGCCGGUACUGGUGAGUUCGAGGCUGGUAUCUCCAAGGAUGGCCAGACCCGUGAGCACGCUCUGCUCGCCUACACCCUCGGUGUCAAGCAGCUCAUCGUCGCCAUCAACAAGAUGGACACCACCAAGUGGUCUGAGGAGCGUUACAAGGAAAUCAUCCGUGAGACGACCAACUUCAUCAAGAAGGUCGGCUACAACCCCAAGAACGUUCCUUUCGUCCCCAUCUCCGGUUUCAACGGUGACAACAUGAUUGAGCCCUCCACCAACUGCCCCUGGUACAAGGGUUGGGAGAAGGAGACCAAGGCUGGCAAGGCCACUGGUAAGACCCUCCUUGAGGCUGUCGACAACAUCGACCCCCCCAGCCGUCCCACCGACAAGCCCCUCCGUCUUCCCCUCCAGGAUGUCUACAAGAUCGGUGGUAUUGGCACUGUUCCCGUCGGCCGUGUCGAGACCGGUACCAUCAAGGCCGGCAUGGUCGUUACCUUCGCCCCCGCUGGUGUCACCACUGAGGUCAAGUCCGUUGAGAUGCACCACGAGCAGCUCGUUGAGGGUGUCCCCGGUGACAACGUCGGCUUCAACGUCAAGAACGUUUCCGUCAAGGAAAUCCGUCGUGGCAACGUUGCCGGUGACUCCAAGAACGACCCCCCCAAGGGCUGCGAGUCUUUCAACGCCCAGGUCAUCGUCCUUAACCACCCCGGCCAGAUCGGUGCUGGUUACGCUCCUGUCUUGGACUGCCACACUGCUCACAUUGCUUGCAAGUUCGGCGAGCUCCUUGAGAAGAUUGACCGCCGUACCGGAAAGUCUAUGGAGAACAACCCCAAGUUCAUCAAGUCUGGUGACGCUGCCAUCGUCAAGAUGAUUCCCUCCAAGCCCAUGUGCGUUGAGCCUUUCACCGAGUACCCCCCUCUCGGUCGUUUCGCCGUCCGUGACAUGCGCCAGACCGUCGCCGUCGGUGUCAUCAAGGCCGUCGAGAAGGUCGACAAGGCCGGCAAGGUCACCAAGGCCGCUGCCAAGGUUGCCGGCAAGAAAUAAAUGGGUUCUUGAUACGAAAUCAAAAAGUAUGUGGUGUUUGCGGACAAUGGUUUUGUCGGCCGGUAUUUAGACAGUCUUUGUUUCUACCAGGUUAUGAGGAUCAUGGUCCACAUUCGCUGUCGACCUAUUGAUUUCUGCUAAGGGUCAUUUGUUUCUUUCCCUCUUCUGCAUCUCGUCUUCGAUCAUAUGAGAAGCGCAAAGAUUACGAUUUCUUUUUCUUAUGUCUAUGGGAAUUGACGAUUUAUGGAAUGGG